AUGAACUUGGAGAUGGAGGUUUUGGUGCUAUAUAUUAUGGGGAAGCUUUUGUCAGAAAUUGAAGCAUCUAGCGGUGUGGUGAACAACAAGGACGAUGAAGGUGGGGCGCCGGCCAUGGUGCUUGGUUUUAUCAAGGGCAUUUUAUCAAUUGGGGAAUUGUUGUUACAGGUGUCCCAGGCAAGAAAAUGGCCAUGUGAUCAAGAUUCUCAUGGCUUUAAUUCAAGCUUAGAAUCAGACUUGCAAGGUACUGCGGGGAAGAAAAAAAAAUGGCCAUGUGAUGGUGGAGUUGGUUCCGAGCAGUCAUGUGUUGAUCAAGUGAAGGAAAAUCGAUUGCUGUAG